GAGCCCAGCUGGAGAGCGUCACCCUCGCGGAGCCCAGAAGCGAGCGAGGGGUCGGUCGGUCGCGGCGGUGGCCCGCUGAUCGGCGCGCGCCGUCCGCUCUCUUCCCAUUCGGCGGCCGUCGCGGGUGACUUGCAGCCUGCCACCGGGCUCGGGUCAGUGAGUUCUGUCCUCUCGACCCGGGGCCGAGCGGGAAAGCGAAAGCGCCUGGUUCGGCUAAAGGCGGCGAGGAGCGCGCGCUCGCUGGCCCGGGGCGCGCCCGCCCGAGCACCGCCCGCGCCCGCCCCCGGACUCCUAUAAGUUUCGAUUCUCCCCGGAGCAGAGUCCCGCGUCUGGGCCUGAGAGCGCAGCGCGCCAUGGCGGACCCGGAGGUGUGCUGCUUCAUCACCAAAAUCCUGUGCGCCCACGGGGGCCGCAUGGCCCUGGACGCGCUGCUCGAAGAGAUAAGGCUCCCCGAGGGGCAGCUCCGCGAGGUGCUGGAGGAGGCUGGGCCCGACCGCUUCGUGCUGUUGGAGACAGGCGGCAGGGAAGGGAUCACCCGGUCCGUGGUGGCCACCACGCGAGCCCGGGUCUGCCGUCGCAAGUUCUGCCAGAGACCCUGCGAAGACCUGCACCUCUGCAAGCUCAACCUGCUGGGUCGGUGCAACUAUUCGCAGUCGGAUCGGAAUUUGUGCAAAUAUUCUCACAACGUUCUCUCAGAAGAGAACUUCAAGGUCUUGAAAAACCAUGAGCUCUCUGGACUGAACAAAGAGGAAUUAGCUGUGCUCCUCCUCCAAAGUGACCCAUUUUUUAUGCCUGAGAUAUGCAAAAAUUACAAGGGAGAGGGUCGAAAAGUGAUUUGCGACAAGUAUCCACAGUGUGAAAGGCUCCACAUCUGCGAGCACUUCACCCGAGGGAAUUGUGGCUACACCAACUGCCUCAGGUCCCAUAACCUGAUGGACAGAAGGGUGCUGACCAUCAUGAGGGAGCACGGGCUCAGCUCCAGCGUGGUCCAGAACAUCCAGGACAUCUGCAACAGCAAACACAGCCCAAAGAAACAUGCUGGGCACAGAGGUCCUCCGGCCUACCGCAGAGACCCGGCCAACCGGGGGAGAAGCAAGAGCAGAGACCGGUCCUUACAUGGCAGCAUGGAGUUUCUUCCAUCGGCUUCAGCCUCUACUCAGAAGUCCUGCACGGCUGCUGCAGAUCAGAUCGGCCACAGGCUUCCCCAGGAGGACGUGCCCGUAGAGGACCUGGCCCACAAGUUCGUGCAUCUGGGAAGUCAGGAUGGCCCUCAGCCUUCUCCUGUCCCGCCUCAGACGGAUCAUGUCAGAGGAAGAGGUCAAGUGGGAGGAAGCCAGCGGUUUUUGGAAAAUGGCAGCCCAAAGGAUCUGUUUUAUGGGAAUCAAGGUAGCGUUUACCUCCCUUCUGAUUCAAAGCCUGCUUCCAGCCGGAAGGGCCCUGCAUCGCGGCUGAAUGGCACCGGGAGAGAGAGUUUGUUUUCCCAGAGUCAGGCUGCCCCUGGCUCUCCUCCCGAUCCCACGACGGCCAGGAAGAACACGGGCCUGCUCUCCUCUGACAGUGUGAGCGCCGAGGGCAGAAGCGGGAAGCAGAAUGUCCAAUAUGGCCCGCUUUUUAGUAAUAAUGUUGAUAGAACGGCCGCAGAUAUAACUUCCAUAAGAUCUUUCAGUUACAAAACUGCAACCAGUGGACAGAGGGAAAAAUCGCUACCUAGGAAUCGGGAUGCUGGAACCACUCACGGUAAUGUCCAGACCACUGGCAAAGUUGCAGGUGGCGACAACCCUGCCGUGGCAUCUGUGAAUGGUCAAUGCAGAGAGAAGACAGUGUGGGCUAAUCACUCUGUCCACGGCACACCAAAUGACCCCAGUCAAGUUGCGGAUGAAACCUCCAGAGUCAGUAAAACCGGGGCCACUGGUUUUGACUUCACAUUGCCAUUCAGAGGGGAUAAAAAUGCGCCGUGCUUUGGAAGUCAGAAUCUGGAAGGCCAGGUCAUGCCGACACCUUGGGAGACCACUGUCCCCACACCACAAGUCCGUACUCCGUCCAAGGUGCCAUCCUCUACAUCCUCCUCAAGUGACAGAAGCGCAGUGUAUGCAAGUCAUGGUCAGAACUCUGCCCCCGUCUUGGUUAGCCCCACCAGUGAGCUUGCGAGGACCCCGAGGUGUGCUCCAUAUUUUGCAUCGGACGUUGAGAGCACCAACUCUUCCAGGAUGGCUGAUUGUGGCUCAAAGGAAAUUUGUCUUGACCAUCUGUGUAGGGGCUGUCAAGUUGAAAGCUGCAACAAAGUUCACUUCCACCUGCCCUACCGGUGGCAGAUGUGGCUUGCAAACACCUGGAUGGACCUCCAGCCCAUGGAGAAUAUCGAGAAGGCCUAUUGUGACCCCCAAAUCCACACCUUUUCUAUUGGAGAUAAAGACAUCGAUUUCCAGAAAAUGACUUGUAAUUUUAAUCCUAUCCGACGCAUAUCCACACCUUCGUCUAUCAUAGCGCUGACCAAUUUUGUCUUUGCCACAAAAUGGAUUUGGUACUGGAAGAGUGAAUCGGACAAAUGGAUUGAAUAUGGAGAAGAGGCUGACAGUCAGCAAGCUUCUAGCAUCGACUCUUCCUACCUGGAGUCCUUCUUCCUGUGCCAUCCCAGGGGCGUUGUGGCAUUUCACGCGGGCUCCCGGAACUACGAGCUGAGUUUCGCGGGCAUGAUUCAGACAAACGUAGCUUCCAAGACCCAAAAAGGUGUGGUCAGAAGGCCAAAAUUUAUGUCGUACAAGGACGUGGAGCAGAUUAAAAGUGGGUUCAACUGUCAGCUGGCACCGACCCCGUCAGACCCUUUACCCUCGGCACUGCUUCCUCAGUGGGACUUUGGCUCUGGUGGCUAUGAGCUGUUAGAGAUCGAUAGCCGGUGUCCGGAAUAUGCCAUGAUAGGUGACUAUUUUAAAGCUUCCAUGAAAAAUUUCAAGAUCGAAAAGAUAAAGAAGAUCAAGAACACAAAGCUCUUGAGUACUUUUGAAAGGAAAAAAAUGAAGAUGAACAACAGAAUGGAAAAAAUCCUGUUUUAUGCGAUAAACCGCGUCCAUCUGGAGUCUGUCUGUAAGAAUAAUUUUGACUGGAUCUUACAUGGAACUGGUGAAGCCAAAUAUGGAAGAGGCAUUUACUUCACAAAAGAUGCCAUCGAUGCCCAUAAAAAUUGCCAGUGUGAUACCAAAAACAUCGUUAUGUUUGUAGCUCGAGUCCUGGUUGGAGAUUUUACUCAAGGAGAGAUGGGAAGCGUUAGCCCUCCCCCACCGCCGUAUGACAGCUAUGUGGAUAUAAGGUUGAAUCCCUCCGUUUUUGUUAUCUUCGAGAAAGAUCAGAUUUACCCAGAAUAUGUGAUUGAAUAUACUGAACUAGACAAAGCCUGCGUGAUUAGUUAGGAGUGAUGAAUACAGUGUCAUAAAGAAGGGCAUUACCCUUCUGUUCGCUUACAGAGCCAGAUUGCCCCAGAUCGUAACAUUUUUACAUUUCUCAUCUAGUUAUCAAACGCCUUAGAUCAGUGGUUCCCAAACUUUGCUCCACAUUUGAAUUGUCUGGGAAGCUUUUUAACAAGUCCAGUGUUCAGAUCGUACCCCAGGCCAACUAAAUCACUGUUUCUGGUGUGAGAGCUUGGGCAGUGGUAUUCUUUAAAAUCCCAAGGAUUCGAAUGUGUCCUAGAGUUUGGGAACCACUGUCUUAAGGUAUAACUGGGAAAGAUGGAUUUCUAAAACGUCUGUAACAAGUUUCUCUCCCAGCUCCUCUUCGUUUACUGUAGGACAUGAUUUGGUUUUGGUUAUGUUGAAAGAAAAGUAAUUUGGGCAAUUUGAGAGAAAUCUAAAAAUGCCUGUGGAAGUAAGGACAUAAGACCAUACUGCCUUGGAUAGAAGAUUAUGGAAAGUUGUGGGGGGAAUUUUUAGGAAAAUCCAGGGGUGGGGGGUUGGGGGGGGGGAGAAAAGGUAAUUUAAAUACCAUCACGGAUGUAACUGUACUAUACCUUUGUGGUAAAACGAGUUGGGGCACACAUUUCUUUAUCUCUACGUUCAUUUAGGGGCUCCAUUCACGUUGGUUCUCUGGAAUGCAAUGAAAAGAGCCGCAAAGUGGGGCUCAGAGAGAAGCAGCCAGCUGGAGUUAAUUGCCCAUUUGGGUUCUUUAUAUAAUUGUAGCAGAGUAGACAUUUAUAUUCUAGUAUAUGAUUAUAGAGAAGGUUUUCAGGUUGCACUUUGAUGAGAUGUCUGUAUUGUGGGGGGUCUGAGUUGCAGUAACCAGACUCACAGAAGCAUGACUGAUAAACCUGAGUGUUCUUGUAGUCGUUCGCUGUAGUGAGUGAGGCUCACCGUGGAAUUAGGAGCCAGGCCAUCCCUACUGAAGGAUGGGCCCCUUAAGGAGGCAAGAUUUGUUUCCCGGUGAGCACGGAAUCCGAACAAAGAGAACAAUACCUCAAACAGGUCUUACACCUGUAAGGGGCUUCUUUUUUCUAAAUAUCACGAAUUGUAUGGAAUUGAAGUACAAUCAGUUUUUAAAGCAGUUGAGGUUCCUGGACCAAGAUUUCUUUCCUUCUUAGGAAACCGAUUUUUCCUUUCAGUUUUUCUUUUCCACAUUCUGUACCAUUCACCAAAAUUUCUUGUUCAUCUCCUGCCAGCAGACAUGUUAUAAAAGUUAAUUAGCAUUAGAAGUAAUUUUAUAUUAGUCAGAUAGUAGAUCGGUACAAUCUGUACUGUAGGUUGUACAAUCAGUACAGUCUACAAUGUGGUAGAUCCACAACCCCUUCGUAUAAAGGACUCCACAAGUAACAAAUGCAUAGAAAUUUUUUAGGGGAGGAUUAUUUUCUGGGAGGCUUGUCACAAAUAGGUACUCUCAUUUGCCUUUUUUUUUUUUUUUAAUGGUACUUCUGUUUUGGAGUUUUCAUUUCCUGAUCUUGGUUCUCACGUUUUCAGAGAUGCAAAUUGUCCAACUCUGAUCACGCAUUAGACAUCUCUGGUUGGAUAUUUCACAGACACCUGUAAAGCAACAUGUCCCGAAUGGAAUUCUCAAUCUGCCUCCUUUAAACGAAUCACCUUCUUCCCGAGUGUUCUGUACCAGAAGUCAUCCUUGACUUCUUCCUCUCCUUCUUCCACGCUAUUCCCAAAUCUAAUUUUCUCUCUUAAAUAUUUCGUUGUCCCCUUCUGAGUUCUUUACUUAGCAGUAAGAAUGGUCAUAUUUUAACAUUUUUUACAUAAUAAUCUUUAAAAACACAAAUCUGACCAUGCCUUUAGAAUAAAGACCAAAAUCAUUAUUAUGGCCCCACAUGAUUUCUCUGUUCCUUGCCCUCUGUCAUUUCUUUUCUUCUACCUAACCUAAGCCACUCUGGCUUACUUUUAGUUCUUUGGUACACCUUUUCCCCUAGCUCAGUGGUUCUCAAUGAACAUGCCUGCCCUUUUUUUUUUUUCACACAUACAUUGUAACAUCUGCUUUAUUAUCCUCAAAGUGCAAUCCAGUGGUAAUAUACUCUACCUACACAUAAUUUCAGAUAUAAAUUUAAAAUUAAUUAAAAUUAGCAUUAUCAUAAAAGGAAAAUAAAAGGUACAUUACUUGGGCACGACUAUAUUAGAAGAUUUAAGUAAUUAGGUGUUUACAUCUACUCAUAAUGGGCAAAUUUACAAGAAGGUAGAAGAUCAAAAUUGACUUUAUACAAAGUAUGGGAAAAUGAAAAAGCAGGGAUAGGAGUGGACCUUAGGGAAAAAACUAGUGAUGCAUAACUUAUUUGCAUAUGAUAGUAUUUAUAAGAGAUAUAUCGAAAUAGACUUCAUUGAAAUAAAUACUGUACAAGGAAAUCUACAAACUGUCGACAUGGAGAAAAUGAGGAAAUAGUCUAUUUUUUGCAGACGAGCCGUAGGUCAUACAAGAAUGUCUAGCAAGACAUUCAAAAUUCGUGUAGGGUGCAGAAUAAUUUCUUAUUGUGAGGAACUGUCCAGUAUAUUUCAAGAUGUUUGGCAUACCUGGCUCUCCUGUACUAAGUGCCAAUAGCACCCUCUCCUCCCCCCAGGUAUAGGGCAACAUAGCCCCUAUCAGAUCUGUUCACCCUUUCCAGGGCAGUCACAUUUUGUCACAUCCCGUUUGUUGGCCUGAGAGGACUCCGAGGUGAUACAGUCUCCUUACACAUGUGAAUGUCUUUAAAAACCUAUUUAACACCCCAGCUGUGUUAUAAUGGAGACACAAAAGGAAAGAAAUUUCUAAUUAAAAUACAAGGAGUUUCUGUAUGUAAAUGCUCAGGCAUGAUUAUGCUAUCUAUACGACAUCAGGAAAUAGAUAUCUACUCCUACUUACAGUGAAUAGCUUUGAAUUUCAGAGUCAUUAGGAGGCUACUUCUGAUAAAGAAGUACAGGAAAAUGACAGAUGAGAGGUGUGGGUGACUCUGGGAUGAGAAUCAGUGUUAGGGCGAGUCAUAACAGACCACAUACCUUCUCUGUAUGUGGUUAGGGCAAGAGCGCAAUUACCUUCAUGGUAUAAGGAUAACAGAUUGUCUACGAGGGAAAAAUGAACGGUAUUCCCUCCGGCAAGCUGUAGGUCCUACAUAAAUGUCCGGCGGGACAUUAAAGAGGCGAAUAGGGUACAGAAUAAGUCUUCAUUGUGUGGGACUAACCCAUCCACUGCAGGACAUCCGUUUUCCCUGGGCUGCAUCCACUCAGUGGCCAGUAAUAGUGCCCACCGGUUAUGAAGCCAACAACGCAUCCAUUUCCAAAAUACUACAGUGAGAACCACUGACUUAGUUAAUGUCUAGAAUCCUCAGAUGUGCUUACUUUUACCUCCCUAAGGAGUCUUUCUAUGGAGUCGUAGAUAAGAUUCUUGCUUUCUAAGCCCCUAGUUUUUAAAAGAGUGUGUGCCUGCCUUUGUUCAUGUUUAGCACUUGCCCAACUUGUGGUUGUCUGCUUUCUGCAUUAGAAUGUAAGCUCCUUGAGGGCUGAGUCAACCCGUUAACCCGUUGUGUUCACUGUACCAUACCUAUACUUGGCUGUGUUUGACAUGUGAAUCCCUUGGAUACAUUGUGUUAACUAAAGUAAGCUCAGAUGUUUACAUCCAGCCCUUGAUUUGUAUUUCUUCUUCAAGUGUAAUUUGAGACUAUCAAUAAAGAGAAACAGUAACUUUGCCCUGC